ACAGAAGUCGCGCGUCAGUACAUAGCGUAGUCAACGACUUUCACAGUCGAUGUUAACGACAUACAGCGACGAAAACGAGGCAACCUAACCCGCAAAACGAUCAUUUUCGCCUGGCGCACUUCUCGGAAGACCACCUUCUGUCGCUUGACGGACAAACUCCAUCCGUCUCGCCUGCAUCCCACCAUCCGCGGUUGCAGACCCCGAAGCGUCGAAAUACGCGUUCCCUUGAUCAAAAGCCUUGCCUACCGCGCCUCACACGAGAGGACUUACGCGCUUCUCGCUCCACGCCCGAGCAGUAUGAAAUCAUGGCCUCCAGAAUGACGAAGGAGCACAUCCAAGACCAAUCAGCCCCGUCUAUAGACUAUGAGAGUCUCGAAUUCCUUGCGGUUGGCGGAUCAGGAGUCAUAUAUGCGAUCGAUGAGGAAAGAAUCUUCAAAGAGUUCCACGAAGAGGGAAUUGAUGUUGAGCGUCGAGCACUCGAACGCCUAGGGCGACAUGUAAAUAUUGUGAGAUGUUUUGGUGCAUCACAAAAAGGCCUUAUUCUCGAACGUGGUAGACCUAUCCGGACGGUAAUUGGAGGAAGCGGAGCGAACCAGAUCCCGCUGCAUAUAAAGAUUCGGUGGCUACAUGAAGCUGCAGAGGGAACACGGUACAUGCACGACAAUGGCAUAAUCCAUGCUGAUACUGGAUGUAACAAUUGGAUCAUAGUUCAGGGGCGUUUAAAGAUCAUCGACCUCGAAGGUAGUAGCAUUGAUGGAGAAGAUGCAGGAGCCUGCUAUGAGUGGUUUAGUUACAAAGAAUCUUCACCAAGAAUUAGCCGGAAGACUGAUAUCUUCGCAUUCGGUUGCGCGAUAUACGAAGUCAUAACAGGUAGACAACCAUACGACGAGCUUCAUCCAUUCGAGGAUCGAAUGAUCCGUGUCCAAAAGCUAUAUGCUGAGAAUCAGUUUCCAGACGUCGAAAAUAUACCGCUAGGUAAAUUAAUGCAGGGUUGUUGGAAGGGUACCUUCAAUUCUAUGCAUGAGGUUUUUCAGGAACUUCAAGCUAGCUUGCUAGCUACAAGGAAAGUAAUCUGUGUUUACUGGUACGUGAAAGCGGUGUUCUUUAACGCUUUGAGGUCAAUGAGGAUGUUGUUCAGCGCUUAGAAAUGUGCUGGCUAGGAGAUGCUUUGUUAAUCUAUGGUGGAUAUAGCUACAUAAGGAGUUUGCAUGCCAUGGCAUCCAUCGUGGCCCUUUGUCACGUUCUGUAAUUAAUAACCUUUUUGGCUGGCUGCUUAACCAUGAAGAUCAUGAUCUUCAUAACGCUCCUGUCCAACCGAUAUGCCGGAGUCUCGACAAUACCUGCACGGAGCGUUUCUGUUUGAAGGUAUAUGGGUGCCAAGACUUGGAUCAAACACGGAUUCCUUGCACCUUGGUCCAGGCUUCGGAGAAGCUUCACAUCUCCGAUGAAGACGUUUCACGAUCUUAUGUUGAGCUGGUAAUCGACAUUGGGAAUAGAUAAUAUCUGC